UCAAUCUUAACUUAAAUAGCAAAUUACUCUUCCUAACAUAAUUAGAAAGAAAAAAAAAAAACAUUAUAAUAACCCAACCCCAUGAAUUGAGGGCAAAAAAAGCGAAUCUUUGAAAUUUAACCCACGGACCACGAGUCACAUAGUAUGAUUUCAAGUAAUAAUAUUAUAAAAUUCACAAAAAGUAAUCAUUCCAUAUUUCCAACAAUAAAAAAAAUAAUAAAUAUUCACCAAAAAUAAAUAAAAUUAAUAAAUAAAAAACGCAAAAAAAAAAGAAGAAGAGGCAAUCUCCUCGUGAGCAGGCUGUCACGGUUGCCUAACUACCUCAACCUUAUACUACAAUCCAAAUCAAUUUUCUCUCUCCUCCUCCAUUUCAUCUUCUUCUUCUUCACUCCCACAAUCCACACGCUUCUAGAGAGAGAAACCCAGAUCAAAUCUAGAGAGAGAAACCCCAACAACAAGAUUGCGAAACAACAGGAGCUCGGCGGCGGCGCCAACGGCGAGGAGAGAGAAAAUAUGGGCGGAGGAGCGUCCGGAAGACUACCCACUUGGAAGGAGAGAGAAAAUAAUAAGAAGAGAGAAAGAAGAAGACGAGCUAUUGCUGCUAAGAUCUUUACUGGUCUUCGUGCUCAAGGGAAUUAUAAGUUGCCUAAACAUUGUGAUAAUAAUGAAGUUUUGAAAGCUCUUUGUAGAGAAGCUGGUUGGAUUGUUGAAGAAGAUGGUACUACUUAUCGCAAGGGAUGCAACCCACCACCAAUGGAUAUGGCGGGGACGUCGGCGAACAUUAGUGCGUGUUCUUCCCUUCAGCAGAGUCCACAAUCAUCAGCAUACCCUAGUCCUAUACCUUCAUAUCAUGCCAGUCCUACAUCAUCUUCAUUCCCAAGCCCUUCGCGAUAUGAUUCAAAUCCGUCGAAUUAUUUGUUACCUUUCCUUCGUAAUCUAGCAUCCAUUCCUACAAAUCUCCCGCCCAUUCGGAUAUCAAACAGUGCCCCUGUAACUCCCCCGUUGUCUUCCCCAACUUCUAGGGGAUCAAAGCGUAAAGCUGAGUUUGAGUCCUUGUCGAAUUCAAAUGGCUCUGGCUCUCAACAAUCUGCUGCUCGUAACUCAUUUUUUGCUGUGUCAGCCCCAUCUAGCCCUACUCGCCGCAACAACACCACCCCACCUACUAUACCAGAAUGUGACGAGUCUGAUGCCUCGACUGUUGAUUCUGGUAGAUGGGUGAGCUUCCAGACAGGGCCAUCCUUAGGUACUCCAUCUUCUCCUACAUUUAACCUUGUGAAACAAGCUGUUGCACAGAGAAGUUCGAUGCAGGGGAUACUCAAUGGGACUAUGGCCCUAGGAUGGGGAGGUGCUAUGGAGAGAGGACGUGGCCCAGAAUUUGAGUUUGGAAAUGGUGCUGCUGUUAUGGCUUGGGAAGGUGAGAGAAUACAUGAAGUGAGCACGGAUGAUUUGGAGCUCACGCUUGGUAGUGCCAAGGCCAAAUGCUGAAGGUACUCCUGCAAUUCUCAUGUCUGCCUCUGCCAAUCGAAUGGAAGCUGCUGGUACUUUCUGAAAUUGGCGUCUCCAGUAAAAACUCAACUGUACAGGUUUCCUAUAGAAUGGGAGCCAUUUCGGAGGCCUGAAAUCGCUAUAUCAUGGUAGAGCAGCAGACUUUGGAUGAGAUCUUAUAUGAAAGCUGGGUAAGCAUAUCUAUGAUUUAUUAUAACAUGAAACAGAACCUCUAGCAAGUUGGAAAGGCAGGCCAUGUCAAUGCUGCGAUCCCUGUGUUUGUUUUUCGAGUUUUCUUGAGCAUAAAUUGGUUGUUAAUAUCAGGUUUUAUAUGUAAGUUGCGACUUUCGAGUGUUGAACUAGGUUCGCUUUAGAGGCUUAGAAAUGUAGAACUUUUGAUUUAUGUUACAUGUCCGAGAGUAAUUCAGACAAAAUGUAGUGGUGACUAGUGUAGUAAUUCUAAGCAGCCCCCAACUGUAUUAUUUUCUUUGUAAUAGCAGCAUCCAAUUUCGGUGAUGAUGAAUUAUCCAUUUAACUGUUAAAAAUUUCUUCUUGAAUUAGAUUGAUGAUUAUUGCAA